UUAUGAACUUGGAGGGAACUUCAACACAACAAACCAAGAAAGGAAAUCGAAGAUGAAAUGUGAAUUUAUCAAAAUUGCAAAACAUAAAUAAAUAAACGAAACCGAUCAAUCUCAAUUAAAUUGCAUCCGACGUGCACGAGAACUUGGGUUGCAUGCUUUUAGUUCGGUAGCUAAAAUAAAAGCUUUGAUGACCAGACGAAAUAUUGCAGAAGUACGCGAGUCAUGCAGCAUCGAAGCAAGACCAGUCUGGCAACACAGCUGUGCAAAGCUGUGAAUGACGGAGAACCAAGAACCGUGCAGAUUCUUCUCGCACAAGGAGCAAAUCCCAAUCUUGUCGGAAGUAAAGGUGUUGCUGCUGUGCAUUUGGCAGUUGGCAAAGAGACGGAGAAAAGUAUACGCUGCCUAAAGUUAAUUCUGCAACAUGGGGCAGACCCCAACAUCCGGUCUUCGGAUGGCUUGACACCCCUGCACGUAGCAGCGUUAUGGGGUUGCUAUCAGAAUCUCAAACUGCUGUUAAAGAAUGGAGGGAAUGCAAACUUAAAGGAUCAGGAAGGGAACAAACCAGGUGAUCUGGCACAACAACAGGACAACCGCAGAUGUGCCCACCUCCUUCAGGAGUCUCAGUCCUUGGACACAGAGGAGGAAGAUCUGCCUCAAUUCCAAUACUCUGUUUACAAUGGCCAAGGUGACGCGUCAAGCUACACUGACUCCGAAGACUGCAGUGUUAUCUCUCACAGCAUGUCCUUGCUGAGUGACUUCGGGGAGGGCCCACUGAGUAGCACACGACAGACCUCGUUCUUUGAACUGUCUGCUAUUAGCAACAGGCACAGUUGGAGAAGAGGAUCCCAUUCAGGGGCGUCUGAUUAUAAAUCUAACCCUGAGGUGCGCCACACCAACGAGUGGGACACGGACUCUGACUGGGAGCCUCCAUCAAUGUUAUCCAGCACUCGUAUGUCCGUCGCAGGUCCUAGAGCCGCACUUCCUGUACUUCGCGAGGACGUACCACUCGCUGACUGUAGUGCGCUGCAUCCGUCUGUAAACAGGAACAGACUCUCUCCUCCUCGGUUGGAUCUCCUCCCUCCUUGCUUUUCACGGCGCACGAGCCGCAAGAGUGUGAGCUUCAGAGAGGAAGUGGACGAAUACUUCCCCGUUUUUAGUUCAGAAUCUCAGAGGCGGGAGCCAGGGGGUCAGGGUAUUGCCUACUCUAAAGACUAUACUCUCGACUUCUCGGAAUACUCAGAGUUCCUGGAUCCAGAGCGCAUGGCCACCGUCCUACAUCACCAGGGGAUCGACGUCACCUCCCCUGAACAUGUGUUUGUAUUCUCCAAGGAUAAUAAUGAGUGCACUGAGAUCGACAUGGAAAAAACAUUUGUUGGACACUUCCCAUUUGAGGAAGAGAACGGAGAAGUCGUUGAGAAUCAGGUAGAAGAAGUGAAGGUCCCAUUAUGUGGCUCUGCUGGCAGCAGCAGUAGCAGCGGAGCUAGUAGGUACAGCAGCUGUGAUAGUGACCACUACAUUACGACCCUGGAGACGUCACCCAGGCGGGUCUCAGCCUCUGAAGAGGAGCGUAAAGUGAAAAGCAGAGGUGUCGAAGACGACAAACACACACAAAAUCCUAUGAACACUAACAAUGUAGAUACUGAUGAAACUCCCAACAGCUCAGAGAGGUCAAAACCAGCCAUGGUAGAACUACCAGCCAUGGUAGAUAACCUUACAUUGACUGACAAAAUAUCUCCAACCAAAGGUCCAGGUUGUGAAAAAAUAUUUCCAGAUGCUGUCUUAGCGGGUAAUGUUGAAGAGUUGUCAACAAGACCAACUGAAUGCACUCCCAGACCUGGUUCUACUCCAGUGUUGGAGGAGGACCUGCCUCUGACCCCAAGUCCCUUUGUCACUGGUAGGACGCACUCGCGGCUGAGUCGCUGCUCGGUAAUGAGCGGCAAGACCCCCGAAAGCCUCCUCUCCACCUCCUCGCUGUUUGAGCAGACCUUGCCUACGCCGACACGCACACGCCGCCAAAACAUCAAGUCGCAAGGCAGCGACAACGUCUUUUACGACACGCCAUGCGGGCGUAGUCGCACCCCAGUCUUUUCUGGAAACGGGACAGCUAGUACUUCUGGGGACUCAUUUGUCAUCUACGAGAGCCAAGAGCCUCAAUCUAGCACUCUCAGAGCCGACAGAAGUCAAGGGUCAUAUGUCAGUGCCAGCCAAGCGGACACCCUCAUCAUCGCCAAGGACGACAGAGGUCAGGGAUCUUGUGUUAGUUCCAGCCAAGCAGACACCCUCCUCAUCGCCAAGGACGACAGAGGUCAGGGAUCUUGUGUUAGUUCCAGCCAAGCAGACACCCUCCUCAUCGCCGAUGACGACAGAGGUCGGGGAUCUUAUGUUAGUUCCAGCCAAGCAGACACCCUCCUCAUCGCCGAUGACGACAGAGGUCGGGGAUCUUGUGUUAGUGCCAGCCAAGCGGACACCCUCAUCUCUAAAACCAUGGCUGACACAGUCAUCGUAACUCCAAGUUUAGUUGACAAAUUAUCUUUACUGGAUUAUUACUUUACUUUAAAAAAUCCUCACAAAGAGACUUUACCCACUUAUCUGAGAAAAGACGUCCUUGAAAGUGGUGAAUUUCUAACCGACGAUUUGUCCAGCUCCAGUGAUGCAGUGACCAAGGAGGGGACAGUUGGUAGCUUUGGGCCAAGAGUGGAGGAAUCCUGGACCACAGAGAAGGCCGACUCAAGCUCAUCUUUGUCAAGUUCCCAGACUCCAUCUUCAUCCAGCUCCAGUUACUUCUCUCCAAAAAGAGAUCAGCCCCCCUCGACCCCAGGCACAACCCCGCGCUACAGCAUGAGUCGACUCUCCCACUUCCACAAGCCUCAGCGGCUGGCCAGCCUCUCCUACACCCCAGGCGGACGUCCUGUAAUACCAGACCAGGAGGAACCGGUGGAGUAUCUCUACACGGACACGGAGCAGGGUCACGAACUGAUCGAGACCCACGUCCCACCUGCGGCCAACACCUCGCUCAGCUCCAGCCUGAGCACGUCCAGUGGCGAGGACACAGUGCUGUACGACUGGCGCUCCCUGCAGGGUGGUGGAGGAACGGUGGCCAAAGGGAAGGAGAACCAGGAGCCUGUGGUGGCUCAGGAGUGGUCAGAGACCAAAUGCCUGACGGACAAGGAGCUGAGACGCAGGCUUGUGGAGAUGGGAGAGAGUCCGGGACCCAUAAGUCAUCGUACCCGGCCAGUGUACAUGAAGAGGCUAAGGCGGCUGUUGCUGGAGCCGGACACUCAACAACAACUACCGGACCGACCCCAAGGUCCUGCGCAGGGACACAGUCCAGAGCUGUGUGUGGCCCUGCGGACGUUGGUGCUGCCCAACUGCCAGGAGGAUGAGCUGGCGCUGUGCCAGCAGUUUGACCAACCAGACCAGAACAGGAAGUGGCGGGAGGGCGUCAUCAAGUCCAGCUUCAACUACCUGCUACUGGACCCCAGAGUAACAAAGAACCUACCGUAUCGGAGUCAUUCCAUGAGCCCUAUGGAUUGUUUUCAGACUUUCAUCAGCGCUAUAUUCUACGUGGGCAAAGGCAAGCGCUCCCGACCCUACAGCCAUCUGUACGAGGCUCUAGACUACCACCGAGGAGAUAAGACUUCUAAGAAACUGUGCUCCAAGGUGCAGCACAUCCUCCAGGUUUGGAAGGCCGAGCAGGGGGUGAUCUCUCUGCACUGCUUCCAGAACGUCAUCCCCGUGGAGGCCUACACGCGUGAGGCCGUCAUGGUGGACGCCAUUGGCUUGAAGAUGCUGACCAACCAGAAGCGAGGGGACUACUACGGGGUGGUGUCCACGUGGCAGUUGAAGAGGAAGAGGGAGCUGGGGGUGCACCUGCUCUACAGGGCUAUGCAGAUCUUCCUGGCUGAGGGAGAGAGGCAGCUCAGACCUCCUGAUAUCAGGGUGGGACAGUAGUGCCCCCCAGUGGGUAGAGCUGGGUACUGCACCAACAGAAAAUGAAAGCGUUUAUUGAACAAGGUGUUGACUAGUUUACUCCAUUCAGAUGAAACUUGGGCUUAAAGGUCCAUUGCAGCUGUUUUUAUCUCAAUAUCAAAUAAUUUCUGAGUAAUAAUUAAGUACCUUUAUUUUAAUUUUUUUUUUCAAUUAAAAUUGUUAAAAAAGGAACAAAAAUAACUUCUGAGACAAAGAGCAAUUUCUCAAGCAAGAAUUUUGAUGGGACUGUCUAGGAGUGGUCUGAGUGGGGAGAGGAACAUUGAAAAUGGACAAAUUUACAGCCUGUUGAUGUUACCGGGCAGGCCAAAACUCCAUCCCACCAAAACAGGCUGAAAUUUCAGGCGGUAGUUUCAAACAAGCUCUUACACUGAAAGGGUAUUAUCAUAAUUUUCACAAUAUUAUUUCAAGCUCAUAGUGUGGGAAGUUAAUAAAACACAGGGAAACCACAUUUUUGACUGUACUGGGCCUUUUAAAGUGUAAAUGUUUUACUUAUUGAUGUAGAAGAGAUUGGCUUGUUGGAACACGGGACCAAGAUAUAGGUUAUUUUUCAAUACAUUUUUUGUGUCCAUGUCAUACCUAGGCUCAACCAGAUUCACCUUGGAGCUCUAAUGGUUGUCAUUUCACCUUUCUGUCUGUUCUCCAAUCUCCUCGCCUCCUUCUCUAAUCCCAUCUCCUCGCCUUCUUCUCUAAUCCCAUCUCCUCGCCUCCUUCUCUAAUCCCAUCUCCUCGGCUUCUUCUCUAAUCCCAUCUCCUCGCCUCCUUCUCUAAUCCCAUCUCCUCGCCUUCUUCUCUAAUCCCAUCUCCUCGCCUCCUUCUCUAAUCCCAUCUCCUCGCCUCUUUCUCUAAUCGCAUCUCCUCGCCUCCUUCUCUAAUCCCAUCUCCUCACCUCCUUAUCUAAUCCCUUCUCCUUGCCUUCUCUAAUCCCAUCUCAUCGCCUCCUUCUCUAAUCCAAUCUCCUUGCCUUCUUCUCUAAUCCCAUCUCAUCGCCUCCUUCUCUAAUCCAAUCUCCUUGCCUUCUUCUCUAAUCCCAUCUCAUCGCCUCCUUCUCUAAUCCCAUCUCCUUGCCUUCUUCUCUAAUCCCAUCUCCUCGCCUUCUUCUCUAAUCCCAUCUCCUCGCCUCCUUCUCUAAUCCCAUCUCCUCGCCUCCUUCUCAACCUCAUUGGAAGAGAAGUUCCAAGGUCCCUCCUGAAGGACCUUCUUCUCAACCUCAUUGGAAGAGAAGUUCCAAGGUCCCGCCUGUCGGACCUUCUUCUCAACCUCAUUGGAAGAGAAGUACCAAGGUCCCUCCUGAAGGACCUUCUUCUCAACCUCAUUGGAAGAGAAGUACCAAGGUCCCUCCUGAAGGACUUUCUUCUCCAAUACGUUUUUAGAAGGAGCCGAAGAGAAAGGUGAUGAAUUGAGAAAGAGACAGAAUGAGUCAUUGGAAGAAAGACUGAUAUUGAAAGCUUGUUCACUUACCUUAGCAUCAGUUCAAUAUGAUGCAAAUACAUGUAUUUCUUUAGCAGAAAAACCAUUAGGCUUGUAUUGUUAGUAGUAUGAUCAUUAUGUAUGUAUUUGUAGGUAAAGUCUACCACCAGAAUGAAAGCACUAAAGGAAAAAUAAUUGUGUCGCAACCAAUGUAUGUCUACGGUCAAAACACUGGGUGGACGGAAACACACAUUUACACACGUUUCGAGGAUUUCGUUAUUUACCUCGGUCAAAUCAAUUACAGAUUAACUUGAUUUAACUAUUCCCCCUUUUAACAAGUGAUAUGAUAAAUGCAUAGUUAAAAUGAAGUUUCCAAACAAAUGUCAAUAUCAUUAGCUAUAUGCCUAUGCUGGUUGUGCUAUGUCAAACUAUGUCAAACUGGCAAAAGUUUACAUGUUGGAAUCAUCUCAUCCACAGAAUCUUUCAACUGUCUACAGACUAUUUCAUCAAUGUAGCAUUAUUUUUCUUUGUUGUAUAUUAGGAUGUUCUUAUAAAAAACCAAAAUACCGAAGUAA